ACGUCAUUCGUAAGUUGUCAAUCAAAGUAAAAAUGUCAACUCGCUUUGUGGUGUCGUAUUUGUGUGGUUAGAUGUAAUUUUAAAAUAAAAUUGAAACUAUUGACAAUAUAAUGUGUGACAAUGGCUUCGGUGAAAGUGGCUGUAAGGGUUCGCCCAUUCAAUCAAAGAGAAAAGGACAUGGGCGCGAAAUUGAUUGUCCAGAUGGAGGGAAAGAAGACAAGAUUGCUCACUGUCAAAAAUAGCAAAGAGCAAAAUGACGGCAGUCGAGAGAAGUACAAGGACUUCACGUUUGACCACUCCUAUUGGUCGUUCGCCAACGAUGACCCCAACUAUGCGUCGCAGGAACAGGUGUUCGGGGACCUGGGCCUGGACGUGAUAGACAGCGCGUUCGAGGGAUACAAUGCCUGCGUGUUCGCGUACGGACAGACUGGCAGCGGGAAGACUUUCACUAUGAUGGGAUCAUCUGAGUACCAAGGCCUAAUACCUCGUAUAUGUCGUCACCUCUUCUCCCGCGUCGCUGCCGGUAAGGAGUCAGGUUCCUCCUACCGCACAGAGGUCAGCUACUUGGAGAUCUACAACGAGAGGGUCAAGGACCUCCUCUCUACUGACGCUGGUCACUCUCUGAGGGUCCGAGAGCACCCCAAACUGGGACCCUACGUACAGGAUCUGUCCAAACAUUUGGUGUCGGAUUAUGAUGAUAUACAGGAGUGUAUGCAUCGCGGCAACCUCCACCGUACGACGGCGUCGACGCAGAUGAACGACGUGUCGUCUCGCUCGCACGCCAUCUUCACCAUAACGUUCGUGCAGGCCAGCUACCUGAGGCACAACAAUAUGCCCAGUGAAACUGUGUCCAAGGUGCACCUCGUGGACUUGGCUGGAAGUGAGCGAGCCGACGCGACGGGUGCGACAGGCCAACGCCUGGUAGAGGGCGCGCACAUCAACAAGUCGCUGGUGACGCUCGGCUCCGUCAUCUCCGCGCUCGCUGAGUCCAGCCAGCCGCCUGAAGCUCGGCAGAAGGGCCAGAAGAAGGUGUUCAUCCCGUACCGAGACUCGGUGCUGACGUGGUUGCUCAAGGACUCGCUCGGAGGCAACUCCAAGACCAUCAUGAUUGCAGCUAUAUCUCCAGCGGACUGCAACUACGGGGAGACGCUGUCGACGCUGCGGUACGCGAACCGCGCGAAGAACAUCAUCAACAAGCCGACCAUCAACGAGGACCCCAACGUCAAGCUCAUCCGGGAGCUACGCGAGGAGAUCGACAAGCUACGUGCACAGAUUGCGCAUAAUACUGAUCCAAUAGAAACCGAGCCAGGAGUAUUAGCGACUCUUCAACGCAAGGAGGCACAGGAGAAAGUAUUAACUGAAAAAUGGACGGAGAAAUGGCGGGAGACGCAACAAAUAUUGCAAGAACAGAAGGCGCUGGGGCUGCGCAAGAGUGGAUUGGGGGUCGUGUUGGACUCGGACAUGCCUCACCUAGUUGGGAUCGAUGAUAAUCUACUGUCCACUGGCGUUACGUUGUAUCAUCUUAAGGAAGGUGAGACAGUGAUAGGCAGUGCGGAGCUGGUCCCGACCCCGGACAUAGUGCUGUCGGGGGCGGGGGUGCUCCCCCUGCACUGCCGGGUGCUGCUGUCUGCGGGGACGGCGACGCUGCAGCCCGCGCCCGGGGCGCAGUGCUGGCUGAAUACUGUACUUAUUGACAAACCCGCUAAACUUAGCCAGGGCUGCAUCCUCCUGCUGGGCCGUACGAACAUGUUCCGCUACAACGACCCGGCGGAGGCCGCCAAGCUGCGCCAGGAGGGCAGCGCCUCCGUGAUGAACCUCUCCCGCCUGUCCCUGCUCUCCUGGUCCACCACCGACCUCGCUGCCAGCACUGAGAACCUUAAUACUACGUUGUCUGACUUGGAAAGCGAGAUUCGCUGCGAGCGUAUCGAGGCUCAGCGCGCGGAGCUGGAGAGGGAGAGGCAACAGUUCCUCAUGCAGCAGGAGGAGAGGCAGCGCCGCUGGCAUGCCGAGAGGGAGGAACUCAUACAGGCGCAGAGGAAACUGGAUGAGGAGCGAUCAGCAAUGGAGCGAGAGUACGCGGCGGCGUGUAGAAGAUUAUCAGGCGACUGGCGCGCGCUGGAGCGCGGCUGGGGCCAGCGGCGGCGCGCGCUGCGCUGUCGCCAGCGGGAACUGGCCGCGCGGGCCGCGAGACUCACCGCGCUCACUGACACGCAUCGUACUGCGGCUGAGAGUGAGGAGGGCCGGGUGGUCGCGCUGCGGUCCCGGGUGGACGGCAAGAGGGCAGCACUGGACGACUACAUCGCCACCAGUGUCAAGGAACUACUCGCUAACGGAUGCACUUUAGAUGAGAGUUCGACCCCCAGUCCGGACAGUCCAGCAUCGGAGACGAGCACGGAGAGCCUGAUGCAUCUCCUGCAGCAGUGUGAGCCCAAGGUCGCCUCCAGCAUCAAGGAGACGGUCGACAGACAUAAAAAGGAGUUAUUAGAGUUGGAAGAAGAGCUACAGAGUCGAGUAGCUUCAGUGGCGUCUCACCGCGUGAAGAUAGAACGUCUGCAGGCGGAGCUGGCGUUGCUGAGCACGCAGGAGCUCGGCCUGCAACAUGCACUCGCCUCCGACCUGCCUGCCGCAGGGGAUGCUAACGGACUCGAGGGUUCUGGCUCCCCGUCCCCCCUGGAAGGGGUGAAGCGCAGUAAAUCUGAGCUGGUCCUCCGCCGCACUCCAAGAGAGGAAGUACUCGACCCACUAUCUGCUGACGAGAGGGAACACUACAGACAUCGGAGGAUGAACCUUAGCCUCAGCCUAGAUCCUCUAGCGUCUCCGAACUCAACCCUGAACACGGAGGAAACGUUCCACACAGCUACAUCAUCUCCCAAGAAGUUCCCGGAAUGGGCCCCGGCGGGGGAUACCACACCCACGUCACCGGACACGACGGGCCCCGCUGGGCCGCAGCCACAGUUUCGGUUGGGACCCGUACCUACUGCUGAUGACAGUGACGAUAUGUCCAGUACCGAAGAUUAUCAUAAGCCUAGAAUAGUGGAGGGCCAGUCGUCGAGCUCCGUGGAACGGUCGCCGGAGGAGCGGCAUCAGAGAGCCAAGUACAAAAGAAGGGUACCAGGCGAGGGCAAACCAGGUCGUCGUCAGGUGACAGAGGUGGAGGCCCUACGCGCCAUGCAGCGGUUGUGUUCCCGCAUCGCCUCGCAGAAGAUGCUCGUCAUAUCAUCGCUGGAGAACGACUGCUCCAAGGAGGAACUCAAUCGGCAGAUCGCGGUCCUACAAGAACUCCAAAAGAAAUACGUGCGCCUAGAGAUGGCGCUCCAGUACUCGUUCUUCGACAACCAGUCGCGGCGGCCCAUGAUGGUCACUCCCAUACAGGAGACUCCCUCCCUCACACUCUCCGAGAGUGACAUGCAGAUCGCUACUGAGGAGCCGCCUAGUGAGAACGGACAUGUUGAGGACCCCUUGUUACACAGGUUAAAAGAACAAGAGCUAGAAGGUUCGGAUAACGUGUCGACGUCCAACGACGAGUUGCCGGGAGAAACGCACGAGCCGCCGUGGGAGGACCCGUUACGGUGUCGAGGCCGGUCCGAUUAUACCGAGUCCACCGACCGACUCGACCGACUCGAUCGGCGACUCGACAGAAUCGAACACUGUGACCGAGACCCGCCGGCCCGGGACAUAUCGUUACCCGAUCCCACGAUAUGUCCCGGUUUAUCACAUCCAAUAGAUUUUAGUGAGGUAGUGAGCAUCCCUGGCUGGGUGACGCGCGGCGCGGGCGCGUCGACGCACCACGAGUACGAGGUGCGCAUCCAGCUGGGCGCGGGCUGCCGCUGGCUGCUGCUGCGCCGCUACCGCCGCUUCCGGGACCUCUACCUCACCAUGCGCCGCCUCUACCCCAACAAGGUGUCGGGUCUGCCGUUCCCGGGGCGCACGCUGUGGGCGGGCGAGGGCGUGGCGCGCGCGCGGCGCGGCCAGCUGGAGCAGUUCCUGCGCCGCCUGCUGGCCGCCGCCGCGGGGGACGCGCGCUGCCCCUUCCGCCACCCCGACCGCCCGCUCACGCGGGACGCGCUCGUCAGCUUCUCGCCCUUCUUCCGGAAGGGAGUGUUCGAGAGCGGUAAGUGUGGUACAGGAUGAUGUCGGGCCCCGCUCGCCCCGUGCACGUGGCGCGCGCUGGGCGGCACGCUGCGCGCGCUGCUGCACGCGCUGGCCGCCGCCGCCGCGCUGGCGCUGGCCGCCAUAGCGCUCGCCGCCAUACUGCUCUACCGGGCGCUGCGCCCGCCCCGGGGACAACAGUAACCACCACUAGCCACCAGCUUCACACCGCGUCAAUAUAUGCUAGCCACUAGCAACAAAACGCCAAUUUUGUAGGUAACAUGAAGUUAAAAAGAAUCAACCACCGAGAAGAAAUCGCUAUCUUUUAGUAACUAUAAAAUUGUUCGCACUACCCAAACGGUAAUUUCAUAAGUUCAGUCUGCACAGCUAUUUGGUACAGAGACAGUAUACAUUAUUUGGCUACUGUACCGACCAAGGCUUAAAAAUAUGGCUUCUUUCAAAGACAUAUAGUUUAAUGUAACAAAAGCUACUGUAAUCUGAAUUGAUGCAAUCUUUACUUUCUUAGUCAAAUAACUGCGCAGACUGUACGUGAAAUAAAAAACAAUUAAAAUCAGGCCAAAAUGUCAUAAAUAUCUUCUCAUAAUUUGUAACAGUACCCUUAGUACGAGUUUGCUUUACGUUUAAAGUAAUCGAAACGAGAGCGCGUUCGACGCUCUGAUUGACUAGUGAGAAAUGAACCAACCAAUCAGAGCACCGACCGCUAUCGUUUCGAUCUCGUUAUAUAUAAAAAUCAAACUUGUACUAAGUCCUCUGACUAUAAAUAAUCCGCAAAGUGACAAAAUUAUUUUCAAUAUACACUUUAAGGUGGUUGCAACAGAGUUCAAUAUAAAGUUUAAAUAAAACAAGGUGGUUUAAGUGUCAUGGCGUACAGUGCGCGUCGCGUGCAAUCAAUUACUAACCCAAGGGUGUCCUUUAUCGAGUGUUACUGCUUUACUGGAGGCGUCUCGCAGACUAAACUUGUUAAUUACCUUAAAAAGGUAUUUUAAGAAAAUGUUAUUAAAUAAAUUCACAUAAAAUUUUGUCAGUGUUUCAAAUCUCCACGCUUGGCAGGCUUGGGGAUCGCAGUUGAGAUCACGAUGUUAAAAAAAUAUAUGAAAUGCUUGUGUUCACUAUUGUUAACGUCACACGAUGAUAACGUAAAAAUAUUUAAAAUUCUAUUAUAUCAUGAUGAAGGGUAUCAUGUCUGACUUUGGUAGUAGGAUCGCUAGUGUAGCAUAAGCUCUAUUGACCAAUAAAGGGACAUAAACACUGACUGACAGACAGACAAUGCAUUGCAUUUUAAACCUAAACUCUAAAACAAUAAGGUUCAAAUAAGACAGAUUGAAAUAAGUUGAACAGCUGAUCUGUUCCAUUUACUAAAAUAUCCUUACCACAAGUUGACUCCUUAGCCUUCUGUGCUAUAAAAAAAUAUACGAGAUAUCAAACCAAUUGGAGCCAAUUGUCCGAAUACUCAAACGCUACUCAAUUUUAAGUCGCUCUCGAAACUAGUUCUAUCCCUAUCAAUUCUUUAUAAAAUGACAGAGAUAGCAUGAUAUUUAAGUACAACUUAAAAUUGAGUAGCAUUUCAAUAUUCGGGCGAAUAAGACUUAAAGCUACACUAGCGCCAUCUAUGUAGUGCAAAAAUGUCUUCCAAAAACGAAAUCUGACUAUUUGAUACGACCAUUUGUGUUCAUUGACAAAGGCCUAAUGUCCUAAAGUCCUAUACUUGUUACGGCCUAGUAAUACUUUGACAAUAUUUUAGCUUCGCGACUUAGAUACAUUUUUAUAAUGACUAUCGCGAGACAUGACUAAAUGAACUAGAAAAGCUCUACUAGUUUUGCAGCUCAUGGGUAACUGACGCACUCAGAGACAUUUAAUGAUUACUUAACCCAGUCCGUAGUAAUUGUUUUCAGUACAAAAUCGUUACUAAGGAAUAGUUUAAGUAAUCAUUAAAUGACUCUUGAGAAAGGCAAUUAGACAUUAAAAUAUUAAAGUUUUCGUGUGAAAAAAGUACAUUAUUUAGUAAAGAAAAAUGCCAAAUUUUAGCUUGUUAAAACUCCGGCAGAUUUUGCUGUGCAUUGCUUUCUUUAAAAUUAUACUUAUUCACGACAAAAUUGUAAUUAUGCUUUUAGCGAAAACAUUUAUUUCUUUAUAAUUUCUUUACUCUGCGAGACGUCUUCUCAAAGCGAUGUGUAAUUUAAUUUAAUAAUGCUAUGCCGUCAAAAGUAAACAUUAAUUUAUUAAUUUGAACUCUAUUGUUAUAAUAAUUGGUGUUAUUUUAGUUAAAAUUUUGAUUGAAUUAUUGCAGUUAUACACUUGAUUAACCGAAUGUCAGCUAUUUGUAAAUAGUAACGGCAAUAUAAAUGUUUUCUGUAUGAAUAGUGAUUGAAAAGUUAUUCAUAUAUUGCUAAAUCAAUAUUGAACUUGCAUAGCAUAACUACAGUUUUAUUUUAAUAUGAAAUACAUGUUUCAAAGUUGUAUAAAGUAAAAUGUAUGUUUGUAUAUUAUUAAAGAAGUACAUUAUAACAAAAAGGAUUCCUUUUAUAUCACUAUACUCUUUUUAAAUGACAUUAAAAAAAAAGAAAGAUCUUAAUUCAAUGGAUGGUUGCUAUGGUGAUAUAUUAUGUAUGUAUUAUACAUAUAAACCUUCCUAUUGAAUCACUCUAGCUAUUAAAAAAAACACAUAAAAAUCCGUUGCGUUUUAAGGAUUUAAGCAUACAAAGGGACAUAGGGACAGACAAAGCGACUUUGUUUUAUACUAUGUAGUAAUUAUAGUUUUUGAAGUCGCGAUCCAUUCGCUAUGCAUAUUUCAUUUAUUAAAAUAAAGCUGUAUUCGAUUAGACAUUGACAUCUUAGCAAUAUGGCGGACGAUACUUUGACAGUUAAUAUAUUCCAUGUAUAAAAGACAUUUGAUUAGUAAUUUUCAUUAUAUUUUAAUGUUGUGUUGUCUCAUGUUAUCACUAUAUGUUGUCUUUUUAUCUAACUUUUGUUUUGUCCAUUGUAAACGUGAAUAUUUUGGUUGAUGAACGGGGAUUUAAACUUUAAACUUUCUUCAAAUGAAUUUGUAUCCUAUGUCGAGGAUGUAAGGUUGAUAUUAAAAAGGCAGGUUGUAUUUUGCAAAAGUAUGUAUAUUUUUGGUGGAUAUGCAAAUUAUAAUAUGCCUUUGAAUGAAGUAGUAAAAGUCAAAUUCAAUUGACGAAUCUAUGAAACACAACGUUAUGAAUUUUGCAGUAAGUAUUAAUUAUUUGUGACUUAUAAUUCGUUUUUUAUAAUGAACUUCGUUUUGCCCAGUCAUCGACCAUUUAUUAAGUUAUUCAAGCGAGGGUCUGAAAGUAGAGUAAACAUGGUUAAGAUACAUCGCUGAAUAUAUUAUACAAAGACAUAGUACCAAUUUUUCUUAUAAUUUGACUACACUAAUUUUAUAGCAGAUUUAAGGAACAUAAUAGUUUUGUAAUAGGGAUAAUGGAUAACAAAAAAAUAUUCUGUCACAUAGAUGCAGAAAUAAUCAUUAGAAACGUAUUAUUUAGGCUAUCAAGUUAUUAAAAACCUAUUUUGAUAUAUGCAUACAUUGCAUUGUUGCAUUGACAGUUUGUUACGUCACAGUACUUAUAUAUUAUGACGUCAUUUAACCAUUCACCGUACAUAGAUUGGUAAAAUUUAAGGCUUUUCUUUAGUGUGUUCUAUGUGAUGGAUUAUUAAAUAGUUUAUUCCUGAUCCCUGUUACAAAAAUAAAUCGAUGAUUUGUAUAUUUUGUGCAAUGUUUAGCUUUUAUUUAACUAUCUUGUUAGAGGACAUCCGAACAUUUUACACGUAGAGACACCCGCGAAGGGAUCCAGGUGCAUAAAUAUGUCACAAAAGGCAUCAAAUGUCCAUAUAUUUGUGCUUUUGUUUACCCAAGAAUGCAGUAAAUCAACAUCUCUAGAAUAAUACUAACAUUAGCUAAGUUUUACCCGAGUUGAUUCACUGCCUUUUACUGUGGACGGUGACCUAAGUAGCUAUACAUAUUUUAUUUUUUAUGUUGACUAGCGAAGAUUUUCCAAUAGUAUUGUUUAAAGAUUGUGUCACACGGUGGGCGGUUGGAAAAUGUAUGUAGAUUAAUUAGAUGAUGGUUUUAAUACAGGGUGAUAAUGACUGCUAUCUGUGUAGUAGAAGAAUGUAACGUAUCAGAUAUUGAGACUUUGGUACUAUCAGAGAAUAGAGCCACAUCUACUGACUAUCGCAAGUUAAAAGAAAGUAGAGAAAAUUCUUCAAAAUCCUGUAGUUUUUAGCCCUCUCUAAAAUGUAUCACCAUAUAUAAAGCUAGUUAGAGUCCACACGGUGUCUCUAUAUGUAAGAGCACCCUGUAUAAAGCACCCAAAUUGACGUAAUAUAUAUUUUUGUACGAGGCGAGUUCUAAUGAGGUUCAUCCGUACUCAGGACGGUUCGACAUAUAAAUUAUAAAUAGAUUGUAGUUAUAAUAAAUUUAUAGAUAUAAAAAAUUGUACUGAACGUAUGAUUCGUGUUAUUGUUCUUAUUAUUUAGUGUUAGCAACUAACAUGCACAAUUUUUUAGUUUAAUUCUUAUUUUUGUUGUAAUAUUAUUAUUGUCUUCUCGCUUUAAUCUUAUUCUGUAGCCUUAGUAUGAGUUUGCUUUACGUUGAACGAAAAUGAAACUAGAGUGCGUUCGGUGCUCUGAUUGGCCGGCGCGAACGAACCAACCAAUCAGAGCGCCGAACGCGUUCUCGUUUCGAUCUAACGUAAACUCGUACUAAGACCUCUGAUAUUUGCUGUCGGAUAGUCAUUUUGUAUGUUACUUUAUAUUCUAGAAUUUCAGACAUUUUAUGAUUUUGUGAUA